GGAUGACAAAGCGGGGAUUAAUGAUGGAAUGUCAUCGAAGGAGUGGAUUGUUGCCUCCGGGUUGAGUUUACUAUUAUAUCUACGGCUGCAUAGCGUUCGCGUUCUUCAUUGUACAUAUGUACUAAUUUUUCUACAUGAUUUAAAUCAUAACCACUCCAACUCUCCAGAUACAAAUACAGCCAGAAAUCCGCGACUGAAAAAAAAGACAGAAGGAGGAACAAGAUGGACCUCACAAUCCACCACAGCGGCACCCCGCACAAGCUACACCUGCCAGACCCAACCACAGCAACCCUCCAAGACCUAGCAUCACAAAUCGCAUCCACCCUGCACAUCCCCCCCGAGAACCAAAAGCUCCUGAUCGCCCCAAAACCAGGAAUGCAGAAGCCCCCCUUCGCAGCAACCCCGCUCCACACGCUCAUCCCCAUCCCGCUCGACUCCCCCCGCCUCAAAAUCACCCUCUUCGGCACUCCCAGCGAAGCGAUCUCCGCCCUACACGCCCAAGGCGAAUCAACCCGGCGACAAGCAGAAGCACGCGCGCAGGCACUCGCCUCGCAGCGACAGCGCCAAGCCAAAGCCACGCCCACCACCUCCCGCAGCGGCGGAAUCCACACCCUCUCCGGCGGCAGCGACAGCAAAAACUACACCUUCCACACCCUCACCCCGCUCCCGUACCUGCCCAACCCAACCCGGUCCCUGCACUUCCUCACCCGCCUCCGCGACGACCCGGGCAUCCGCGCCGCCAUGGCAAAGCACCAGUUCUCCGUGCCGCUGCUCACGGAGAUGGACCCCGCGCUGCACACAACGAGCGACUCGCGCACGCUCGGCCUGAACCGCAACAAGGGGCAGGCGAUUGAGUUGCGUCUUAGGACGGAUGCGUACGACGGGUAUCGCGAUUACAGGACGAUUCGGAAGACGCUGUGCCAUGAGCUGGCGCACUGUGUGCAUAGUGAGCAUGAUCGGGCGUUUUGGGAUCUGACGGCGCGCAUUGAGAGGGAGGUGGAGGGGGCGGAUUGGACGAGUGGGGGGCGGAGGGUGGAUGAGGGGGAGUUUUAUAAUCCCGGGGAGUGGGAGGGGUUUCAGGGAGGUGGCGGGGUGGUUGAUGAGAGGGGGUGGAGCGGGGGGGAGUACCUGUUGGGGGGUGGUAGGAGUGGGAGGGUUGGUGGUGAGGUUGUGGAGGGGAGGAGGGAGAUGUUGGCUAGGGCGGCGGAGGAGAGGAUGAGGAGGGAGAAGAGGAGGGAUGAGGAUGGGGAAGGGGAGGAUGGGAGGGCUUGA